CACCAUGCCACUCACUCGCAGGCAGAAGAGACAGCAGUCUGCCUCGGCACAACCAGAUCUCACUCCGACCAAGCCAGCAUCUAUCCCGGCAGAAGCCGAGAGUGUUCGGAGCACAGACGAUGCAGACAGCGUCGAGAACGACGAAAACGCCUUUGUCGACAACGGAUUGGCCCUGAAAGCGAUUGCUCAAAGGCGUUCUCUGGCAGGCAAAUUAGCACGCACACCCCAGAGUGCUCGCGUGAGCCCCGCACUGCAGGACAUCACCGACGAGUUCCUCUAUCCUCCCUCUCCUUCCCUUCGCCGCUCCACUAAACGUGCUACCCAACCCGUGCCCCAUUUACCGGGAACUGCCAAGCUUCCAGGUCGCCCGCACAAGCCAAAGAGCCUCGCGUACCCUAACGAUCCGCCCAAGUGGCAACAAGCGUCCUCAUUGCCACCUUCAUCUCCACUUCCGACGACACCAGAGGCACCUCCCAACAACAACAUUGCCCCCCACCACUCGAACCACCGCUCGACGUUCGCUCACGAAUGGAGCAUCGUUCCCAGUUCUGACCCGUUCGGAAUCCUCGCUGCUGAACGCGUCUUCCAAGCCAAGAGGGCAGCCGCACCAUCGAUGAAACCCUACUCCCGGCCCAAACCCAAGCAGAUCCCCACUCCUACUCCAACCCCUCGCUCUCGCCUCCGGCACUCUGUGGUCCGCGAGCCCAGUCCAGUCGUGCCCACCAACGACGAGGAUUUUGAUGACUUAUACAUGGACAUUCCCCAGCACAACGACGAAGACGACGAGAUCGACGACUCUCCCAUUCCUCCCCCGAUCUUCGUCCCCUCUGCCCUCGACCCAUCUCGCGCAACUGCAGCGGACCUCCCUAGUAAGGGCACCCGCGAUCCCUUGCGGACGCCUCACAAGCGCAAGCACGGCAAGGUCAUCAAUACCGGCACACCAUCAUCUAGCGACGUUCCAUCUAGCCCUUCUCCUGUCAAACUCUCUCGCGCUCCGCUGGCGGACAAGACGGAUGCACCAGUUCAUGGAAGCGAAGGCGGAGACGACAUGACACCGAUGCAGAUUGCAAAGCGCGUAACGCGGGGCUCGCGAAAGAAGCCGCGCACAAGCAACGAAGAUUCACUCAGCCCACGGCAGCACGUCAAGAAGCUCGAGGCGCUCCUUCCGCAGCGUCCACAGCGCAGCACACGGCGGAGCACGCGGCUGCAGGAGCAGGAAGAUUACGACGCGACAUGGGACGUUCUUCCUACAGGCAAGCGGAAGACGAGAGCUACGAGCGCGGCUGCGUCGAAGGCUACGUUAAAGGCCACGCGAAAGCCUCAGUCGCGAAGUACGGCCAAGCCAGCGUCACGUGCCGGAACGAAGGGGAAGGGCAAAGUCGCUACGGUUGUCAACAGUGAUGACAGCGGCGAUGAGGAUAGAGAUAAGCAUGCGCGUGAGACCCAGGCUCGCAUCGAGUACUUCAGGAAACUGGAGGAGUACCAUAUCCACGAGGAGAAUGUUUACGUGAUAUAGAAGAACCCGUAUUUAGGAGAAGAGGGUAUAAGGGAGCGAAGGGUGAGGGGAGGUUGCGGACGUCAAGCUGUGCAUAAUGUAACGCUAUGUCUUGAUUUUUGUGCGCGUUGAUCGCUAUUCGCUAUAUUCUACAAUAUGUCUAGGUGUUAUCUUAUGCUUAAUUCAGUGGCUUAUGUACAUGUGUAUGCCAUAUGUCUUGUUGUAUAAUUCGU